AUGAAAAAAUGGAUUAUAACCGUAAAUUUAUUGUUUUAUAUUACAUUGCUCGCUCAAUGGAAGGCUGUAGAAUCGGCACAAGCUCCAUCAAGUGGCAGUGGACCACCUAAGGGUGGUGGCUCCACUCCAAACCAAUCCUCUACACCUAAAUCGCAACCUCAAACUCCAGCAAGUCAAUCGCAAUCACAAUCAAAUCCACCUAAAGCAACAAGUACUAGUCUUACUCAAGGAACUCAGCCAUCUCAAGCAACACCAAGUCAAUCCAAUAGUCAGCCAGCAAAAAAUGCAUCGCAACAACAAUCAAGUGCAUCUGCAACUAAUACUAAGUCUGUGAGUCUUGAUAUUGAUAAGAAACAGUCCACAGCCGAGUUCGAGUACUCCAAGAAGAGUGAUUAUCAUACAUACACCCCUAAGUCUGGAAGUGUAAUUGGUAAUGUUACUCAUGGAACUACGGACAUCUGGAAAUCCAAAGAUGGUGUGUUUGGAACCCUUGUUAAAAGGAAAAAGGAUGAACUUUUUGUUAUCCUACUCAAGAACAACGAUUUUGUACUAUUUAAAAGCUCUGAUAAGGGCAAAACGUGGGCUGACAUAACCAAGGAGAGGCACAAUGUUACUGAACUGAAAUUCUAUGGAGAUAAUGAUACUGAGUUGAAGUCCACUGCCUAUUUAGUUACCGUGUUUGAAUUCUCAUACAGAGUCACAUUCAAGGAUCAAAACAGCUGCAAGAAAAUUAAGUACGGAAAUAAUGAGAUUUGGAAAUAUACGAAUGAGGCAUGUAAGCACUUUGAACUAGGUCUUGUUUCUAACAAUUUUUUCGUCUUCAAAAAUGAAAAUACUUUUAAGAAUAUAAAUUACAAAGGAACAAUCAUUCCUCGUAAGGCUCAAGCAACUGCAACUACUCAACCAAAGGAAGCUCCUACAACGCCUCCUGCCACAACACCCGGAACAACUCCUCCCGCAGCCACAGUAAGUAGAACAGCAACUGCAACUCAAGCUCAACCUGCGCCUACUCCUAAGGCGCCUGAAACUUCUGCUACUACAACUCCUCAGACUCAAGCUGAGGGUACUCCUGCAGAAACUCCUGUGUCAACUACUUCUGGCACACCAGUUACCAUUGAUAUAGCUAAGACUCAGUCCACUCCAGAGUUCGAAUAUGACAAGGAAGAUGAUUGUCACACUUAUACUCCCAAAGAUAACAGUGUGUUCAAUAAGGUUACCAAGGGAACAACUGGCAUAUGGGAGGCAAAAAAUGACAUUUGUGGUACUAAAGCCAUAUUAAUAGAUGAUGAAGAUGGUAAAUUCGUGGCAGUCCUACUGAGUAACAAUUCGUUCAAUCUGCUCCAUUUGGAGGAUAAUACAUGGAAAGAUGUAACCUCUACAAAGCAUGAUGUUAAGAAGCUGAAGUUCCUAGAUGGUAGUGACAAGGAACUCACAUCGAGUGAUUACUCAGCAACCAUAGCAGAUUACUCUUACAGGUUCACAUUCAAUAAUGAAAAUAGCUGUAAGAAGAUUAAAUAUGGAGAUGAAGAAAUUUGGAAUAGUACCGAAGAUCCCAAGGCGGUUAAGAUGGUUGAACUCGGUCUCAUUUCAAACAAAUUUUAUGUACUAAAGAGUGAGUCUCAAUUCAAGGAAAUUGAACUUAAAGGAACAACAACGACUAGUGUGACUCCAGCCACCGCAUCUACUGUAGCAACUACUACACCUCAAGUAAGUGAACCCGUUGUUACUCCUGAGAAGGCAACUCCUGUAGCAACUACGGCUCCGGCACCAGCUAAAGAUCCAGAUACUAAAGUUUCAACUGCUACUACAGCUACAGUAAGUGAACCUGCGGUUACUCAAGCAACUGCAACUCCUCAGGCUCAAGCUGCGCCUACUCCUCAGGCUCCAGUUACAUCAACUGGAACACCUGUAUCAACUCCUAAGUCAGCUCCUUCUGGCACAUCAGUCACCCUUGAUGUCGAUAAGAAGGCUGGUGCAACCGAUUUCGACUACUCAAAGAGUGAUAACUGUCAUACAUACACAAUUAAGAAAGGGAAAGUGUUCAGCAAGGUUGUGAAGGGAGCCUCCACCGUCUGGGAGCAGAAAAAUAACAUUUGUGCCGUGAGAGUCAUAUUUGUUGUUGAUAAGGAUGGUACAUUUGUGUCAAUGAUACUCGAUAAUUAUGCCUUUGUACUACUAAAAUUGUCAACUGAUGGAAAGUGGACUGACAUAACCUCUACCAAGCAUGAUAUUACAAAACUCAAGUUCUUAGGGGAGAAUGAUAGAGAAAUUACCAAGGCUAAUUACAAAGUUACCCUCGUUGAGUAUUCUUACAGAUUUAAGUUCAAUGAGGGAGUCAAAUGUAAGAGGAUUAAACUUGGAGAUGAUGAUGUAUGGAAGCACAGUGAUGAUCCUAAGUUUGACUCUAUCACGUUGUUUGAUCUAGGGCUCAUUUCCAACACUUUCUUUGUGAAGAAUAAAACUGAUUUUAAGAAACUGGAAUUUAAACCUACUCAGGCCAGGCCAGCUCCUACAACAACUGCUCCUGCAGGUACAGUAAGUGGAACUGAAGGUACUCCAUCAAAGGCAACUCCUACACCUGGUACACCAGCUACUACACCUCAAGUAACUGGAGGAGCAGUUACUCCUUCAGCUGGAACACCUGCUGCUGCAACUCCUUCUGGCCGACCCGUAACACUUCACAUCUACAGUAACUCUAGUACGGAUGAUUAUGAUUAUAGUAUAGAUUAUCGCAGAAAUAUUAAGGUCUACACAGCAAAGGGUGCUGCUAUGUUUAACACGGUCACCAGCAAUACUAGGGUUAUCUAUGAAACUAAGGACCCCCAAAAGUAUGCCACAAAGGUCUUUACAGAAAUAGGUUCCAUGGCCGAUUAUGUUACUGUAUACCUGUUUGAUGGCCAGAUCUUACACUUUCAUUGGUCAGGAAGUAACUGGGACGCAAUUUCCAACAAAAUAUCUUUAAGCCUUAGCAAGACCUCCAGUACCAUUUUCUAUGAUUUUCACCAUGAUGGUGAAAGGAGGACUUUUACUGCUAAACCUGGAUACCUAUUCAAAAAUGUCUUCCUCAGUGGAUGUAUUUCUGGUAAUACUUUUUGGGAUGCAAAAACUGAUCAGGAGUGUUCUAGCAAGGUGGUAGUCUAUGGUGUCGAGUCAAGUAUUAAAAACGUUAACGUAUUUUUGGAAAAUGAAAGAGUUAUACACGCCCAUAAGGUUGGCAGGAAUUGGAUCUCAUCAACUGGCUUUACUCUUGAUAUCGGUAAAAAUUCGAAUAAUGACCUGUUUGACUAUAGAUCGACUAGGGGAUUUGGUCACUUUAAUCCUAAGGCCAAUUUGUCAAUCACUAACAUUGUCAAGAAAGAGCUUAAGAUAUGGUCUGCGAAAGAUAGGGACUAUGGCCUCAAAGUAGUCUUAAUGGGCUCUGGCAAGGAUGUGAAACAUAUGUCAAUUCUGUUGGAGAGUGGAAAGUUUGUGCUCCUUACCAAGAGCGGUCAGAAUAAGCCUUGGCAAGAUAUAACUCAAAAUAAACAUAACUUCUCAGGGGUGAGGCUGUUCUCCCUGGAUGAAGGUACCUCAAAGUACCAUGAGCUCACUAGAGAGGAUUACGAGCCAAUUGUUUUCGAAUGUAGAUAUGGUUAUGAGUUCAAAAAUGAUGUCAGAUGUGUGAUGAUUAUGCAAAAGGAUAUGUUACUGUGGAGCCACACGGAUGACACUGAGUUUGGGUAUCCUAAGGGGGUAUACUUGGAUCUCCGUAAAAACUCAUUCAGUGUGACAAAUCUUAAAGAUCAGACAAAGGAUGUGCAGAUGAGGAAGAUGGCAGCUGUUCCAGGGAUCUCUGACAUUGUUCCUGUAUCUGCUGCUGUAACUAAAGCUGCACCAGUUACCAAAGUUACCCUCGAUAUUGAGAAGAAACAGACUACUACUCAGUUCAACUAUUACGUCGAUAAUGAAUAUCACAAGUACGUAGUUAAGCCUAACCAUGUCUUCGAGAAAAUCGUACAGGGUUCCAACCCUAUCUUCCAGGCAAAAGAUGAAGUAUUUGGUACCAGGGUUGGGAUUAAGGAUAUCAAAGGUGUUAGAUAUUUGUCAAUACUCUGUACGAACAAUUCUUUAAGAUUGUUCACACAGACUGCUGGUAAACCCUGGGAAGACGUUACCGACAAGAGAUAUGACAUUGGUGGAUUGAGUUUCUAUGGCGAGGGUGACGCAGUUCUAAGACCUAUAACUCAUUAUGGAGUUGACAUUGUUGAUUACUCAUAUGAACUAACAUUCAACAGUGGAGUUACCUGCCGUAAGAUAAUGUACGGUGACGAUAACCUGUGGAGGAGUACAGAUGAUCCUAAAUUUAAAGAUAUUACCAUCAUGGGUCUAGGGCUUGUUUCCAAUAAUUUCUUUGUAUAUAAGACUGGAUCUGAGUUUAAGAAGAUAGAAUAUAAAGGGGCAAUAAAGGCUAAAAUUACUCAACCCAGGGUAUCUCCAAUCUUACCUCCACCCACACCCACGGAACCGGCCAAGGUGGCUCUGGAUAUUGAGAAGAAACAAACCACCACCGAGUAUGACUACAAGGAUGAGAACGGAGUCGUCACAUACACACCCAAGGAAGGUCAUCUGUUCAGUAAGGUAUCUGAAGGACAGCAUGAAAUUUGGAAAUCUGCUGCUAAUGUUUUUGGUAUGCUGGUUAGGACUAAGGAAUCCAAGGGUGUCAAUUACCUUGUAGUCCUACUGACCAAUCGUACAUUCACUCUGUUCCAAGAGGAAGUAAAUGAAUGGACCGACAUAACUUCCAAGAGGCAUGAUGUCACCAAGCUAAAAUUCCUGGGUGAAGGAGACACCGUGCUGAAGGAGACAGACUACGAUGUAACUAUAGUUGACAUGUCAUUUAGUCAUACAUUCAAAAGUGGUGUCAAAUGUGUUAAGGUUACGCUGGGUGAAGAAGUUGUCUGGAAAUCAGAUGACGAUCCGAAGUUUCCGACGAUAUCAGUAUUUUCACUGGGUCUUGCUUCAAACUGUUUCUUCAUUAAGAACCCGUCUGGUGAUGUCAAUAAGAUAGAAUAUGAGGCUAAAGUGACUGCAACAUCAGUUGGUGCUGCUCCUGAUACUGCCAGGCCAUCAUUUGUUGAUCCUAAAUUUACUCUAUUAAUACCGUCGAUUGCAGCACCAGAUAAGGUUAAGCUCUAUUCCAGUAAAUCCGGUGAACAGACGUGUAAAGUUGAGAAGUUAUUUGAUGACUAUGAUUAUGUCUUAGAGGGACUUAAGUGUGAAGUAAUUGCUCACAAUGGAAACUGUGUUUGGAAAUAUGAGGAUAGUAAGGAAUAUCCAGAGUUCGUGACAUAUAAGGAGGAUGAGGAUAAAAUCAUUGUGAAUUUAGAAAAAGUUUAUUAUACCUGUUUCGUGGAAAAUAAUCAUUGGAAAUCAAAAAUAAUUACCAAGGAUAAAAGUGCUCCAAUCAAAGAUGGUCCAUCUUAUCCAAUUGGCAAGGGUCCUGAGGCUAAGGUAGAAGCUGAAGUGGUUACUAAAGUGACUGCAACACCAGUUGCUAAAGCAGAACCAUCUACCCCUGUUACCAAAUCAGAACCCACACCCACACCAGCAGAGGCCAAACCUGCCACUACUCCAGCUACUGUUAGCAAGACAAUCAGUCUUGAUAUUGAUAAAUCUCAGGGUACAGAUCAGUUUGAAUUCACUGAUGAUAAUAAUGUUAAGACCUUCAAUGGGAAGAACGACUGUGUGUUUGACAAGGUUUCAGAGAAAAGUGAUGUGGUUUGGGAGUGUAAGGAUGGUGUGUCUGGUACUAUGGUGAGGACUAAGAAAUUCACUAACGGUGAUAUAUUCUUGGUCAUACUACUCAAGGAUGAUAUGUUCCGGCUGUUCCAAAAACCUGCUGGCAAAAAAUGGUCUGAUGUUACUGCCGAUAGAUUUGAUUUGAAGAAAUUGAAGUUCUUUGGUGAGGGAGAUACUGAACUAAAGUCAUCAGAUUAUAAGGUAAAUUUGGCUUUCCUAUCAUAUGAAUUCAUAUUUAAUACGGGUGUCAAAUGUCAGAAGGUGAAGUUGGGAGAUGACGUAGUAUGGAAACAUGAUGAGGAUCCGAAGUUUAAGGAGAUCAAGGCGUUUACACUUGGUCUUACCACAAAUAAAUUCUUUGUGAAGAACCAAGCUGAUGAAGUCAAGAAGAUAGAACCCAAACAAUCGACACCAGUUAAGGAACCAGAUAAGGCUCCAGAGACUAAAGAAGAGGCUAAGGAACCAGCCAAAUCUGCGCCUGUUACAACUGCCACUACAGCUGAGUCGACUCCUGCAACUCCUGCAACUCCAACAGCUACGACAACUCCCGCAGCUACAACACCUACAACAGCUGCUACAACUACAACUCCAGCAACUACAGCUCCAACUCCAGCAACUACUCCAACUACUCCAACUCCUCCAACUACGGCAACUACAGCAACUACAGCAACUACAGCUCCAACAGCUACCACGGCUACAACGCCUACAACGCCUACAACGCCUACAACAACUGGUACCAGUAAACAGGUUACUCUUGACAUUGAUAAGAAGGCAGGUACAACUGAGUUUGAGUACUCCAAGAGUAAUGAUAAGUAUCCUACAUACACUGCGAAGUCUGGCUGUGGAUUUAACAAGGUUGUAAAGGGUACAGAUGUCGUUUGGGAAUCCAAAGAUUUGUUUGGAACCAUAGUCGUUACUAAGGGUAAUGAUAAUUUAGCAAUAUUUCUUGAGAGCGGUGGUUGUUUAGUUUUUAACAGGAGUGGUAAAAAUAAGCCGUGGAACAAUACCACGGGUCAGAAGCAUGAUAUAUCCAAAGUCAAGUUCUUUGAUGAUAAGGAUGUAGAGAUAAAGAGAGCCAAUUACAAGGUUAAAGUCCUAGGGUAUCAAAGCAGUUUUGCCUUCAUUUAUGAGUUCAUUGGAGUUAAGUGUAGAAAAGUGAAACUUGGAGAGAAAGAAAUCUGGAAACAAAGUGAUCAUCCAGGCUAUGAUGUUACCAUGUUCCAGUUUGAUCCGAUUAAGAACGAGCUUUACGUUGCCAAGAAUAAAGAUUCAUACAAGAAACUAAGCGUUUAA